GUGGGCCUCACCCGCCCGCCGCCUCCUCCGCUGCAGCACAACAAUGGCUUCUAUGGGCACUACCGAGGCCAGUUCAAGAAUGAGAGCGCCCUCGAGUACCGCCUGGCGGCCAAGCCCCAGCCCCCGACAGUCUUCCUGCAGCGAUGCAAGGAGCCAGUGCGGCAGCACUUCUUCUCCAAGCACGACAACCGCACUUCCUUCGACAAGGGUCCCUACUGCCUACUGCAGGGCAUCGGGAGACGGAAAAACAUGGAGCGCCUGUGUCACCGGCCCACCUUCCUGCACUGGGCCUCCAGCGAGCUGGAGCUCUACCAGCAGCGGCCCCUGGAAUCCUCCUACCAGUCCACCUUCCGCUUAUCCCCAGGACCCAGUGACGCCCCUCAGCGCCUCGUCCACUUUGUGCAGAUCCAUCACCCCCGCACCUGUACCACCUACCAGCAGAACUUCUGCCAGCCCUCCCAGAGCGGCCACUGUGGCGGCGACUGUGGGGGCCCCCCGGCCUCCGGCCCCAGUACCCCGACUAACCUCCCAAAGAUCCCCGGGUCCAAACCGCUGCAGCAUUACCUUCAUGAGGGGGUCUCCGAGUGUCUAAACUGGUCCAGAGCAUUAAACAAGGAUGGCUAUUGCCCUGGCCAGUUGGCUCAGUGGAUAGAGCGUCAGCCUGCCCAGGAGGGCGCAGAGCUGGAGCGCAGUAAGACACUGCCAGGCCUUAUGCUGGCUCCUAUGGCACUGGUGCCCCUGGGGUCUGGUGGUGGCCACACAGUCCUGCCCAGCAGACGGCUUCCCUGCAGCUGGGACGGAGGGAGACUGUCCGCCACACCCCACGAGACCUCCGGCGGCGAGCAGGGCGUGGCCGAGAUGCUGAGGCCCAGGCCUGGAGAGCGUCCUGCCCGCGUGGUGUGUGGUCGUUUUCUGAGCUCUUCUCUGCUCGUCCUGUGA